UGCCAUAAAAAAUGCCACAUUUAAACACUUCUUGACACUAGAUCACUCCUCUCCACCACUGCGAGAAAGGUACAAAGGCUUUUCCCUCGUGCAGUGGUCUUCUUCUCGAGUAGUAAAGAUGUUUAAUGAGGUUACACCAAUAUUGAAGAUUUUUUUUUUAAUGGGUGAAGAUGUCCCUUGAGGAUCAGAAGUUUAACCCCCUUUACAAAUCAAAAUUACUGAUCAUACCUAGCGCGAUUGACUAAAUAACUUAGUGGUUGAAAUUCGAGAUUCCAAAUAUGCAACUUAGAUGCUUUUUUGCGAAAUGAAAAAGAAGAAAACGACAACGACAAAGAAGAAGAAGAAGAACCCUUGCACUUCUAGGCAGAAUCCCCCUCUUCCACUAGGACUCAGAAUCAAUGAUCCACACCCGGAAUCCUUUACCCAGGCGCCGUACCACUGGGAUUACAAUGAUUUGGCGGAGACAUGACAACCAAUGGAUGAAUGCACCAACCAUUAGUUAUCCAAGUUUGAGCACGAGGUGUUUGUGGAAAUGUCUACAAGAAGCAUAUUCACAGCAAAUAAGAGCUUCAUAGCUAAUCUAGAUUCUUGGUGUCUCCCUAUAUACAUUUGCUAAUUACAACAAAUUCUUUUCUUUUUUUUUUUUGGUUAACUCUUCCAAUAUAUUUAUUCACCAAACGUGCAUGGUUUCCACUGCAAUUAUAUGAAUCGUGUGGUUUAAGUCUUUGAUGAUAGAAGUAGAAACAUGUGCGUUAUGUGGUUUAAGUCUUUGAUGAUAGAAGUAGAAACAUGACAACGCACGUCCAUUACUAAAGCAAGAAGGGUCUAGAGGUGUUUGUAGAAAUGGCUACAAGAAUCGUGUUGCAACCAAAUAUUACAUUGGGUGCACAUGAGAGCUUGGUUGACCAAGAUUCUUAGUGUCCCAUCACCUGGUUUAUAAGUAGAGAGAGGCGACCAAGGAUCGAACCAACACAAACAAACCCUUCCUUCUUUUGCUCUCCUUGCAUUGACAUACAACAAAGAAUGGCUUGCCAUCUCCGAUCCGUCAGCUUGCCCUCGACGUCUCACUCCGUCGAGCUCAAGUGCGGAGAAGAGCUCGACAAGCUUAAGGCUUGCGUGGUUUCACCCGUCGCAACUGCCGAGACGAUUCGUGGCGGACUGAGUCGGCUCGGAGAUUUAUACGGAUGCGUCGAGGAGGUCCUUCACUUACCAAGCAACCAAAGCGCCGUUCUCUCCCGAUCACAUCGAAAGGAAUGGUUAGAACCGGAGCUCGAAGGCUCUGUCAGGUUGUUGGACCUUUGCUGCACAAUGAGGGAUAAUUUGGCUGCAUUGAAAGAGCAUGUUCAAGAUGUUCGAUCGGCCCUUCGAAGAGGAGAUGAUGCAGGUAUUGAAAGCAAAGUGCAAGCUUUUGUUCAAUCGAGUAAGAAGGCAAGCAAGGGUAUCAAGAAGCAACUAGCCAACAUGUGUCGAGCUCUUUCGGCUAACAAAGAGGAUCUAGAUCAGCCGAAUGCGAUUAGGCUAUUGAAGCAAGCAAGACAGAUCGCCAUCUCCCUCCUACAAUCUGUUCUACUGUUUUUGUCCGCAAGAAUGGUAAAACCGAAGACCAGCAAUUGGUCUCUUGUUUCCAGGACAUUGCACAGGAGAAAAGUGGCCUGCGAAGAAGAGCGCGUGGAUGAUGCCUUUUUCCUUCCUUCUUUUUCUGUUAAGGAUAAUGAGGAGAAGAGAGCGAAGGUGCAAAAUCAAUUGCAGACGUUGGAGGUCACAAUUGAAGGUCUAGAAAGAGGAUUAGAAUGCUUGUUCAGGCGACUGAUCCAAAGCAGAGUUUCACUUCUGAAUAUCCUCAGCUCAUAAUCCCUCUUGGUAACUUGGUAGUUCUUAUCAAAUGAUAACCAUCCGUUUUGUAAAGGAUCGGUUGAUCAGCUUCGAUUUAUUCACCCUUGUAUAAAUGUUACAGUGUAUAGUGCGCCGUUCAAAUUCAAAUCAUUUAUUCAUCCAAAGAUUUCUUGGCACAUCUGGCUUCUCUUUUGUGAAUGACUCUUUUGUUGUAGACUUGUAGUGGCAUGUGGAUUGAUGAUUUGUUGGCAUAUAAAGCCAAUUUCUAGUUACCAAACAAACAACAACUUAACAAUAAGUUGUUCUAAUAGAAGAUUGAGGUUAGUUGUUUUCAUAAGUUGCAAUUCUAUUUCAAUGGGAAGCACCUGAAGAAAUAAUAACAUGGUCUAUAAAAUGAAUGCAAUACUACAUUAUGCUGAUUAAAGUUCAAGAACGAAAUCGAAAAUUGAUCUUGUAAACGAUUUCAUACUUGCUGUCGAAAAGCCUUGUUGUUCGACAUUCACAGAAAAUCUCAAGCACAGAUCUACGUAAUCUUGCGCUCUUCCCUUCGCAAGAAUAAAAGCUGCCUCAUUGCACGGUUAAGUGAUGUUACAAUGGAAAAUAGAUAUAUAUAGCUGUACAUGCUUCUGUUCUUUAUUUACAAUGUUCAGUUAAAUAAUUUUGACAAAGUUAAAGGCAUUUCUACUAAAUCAGUGCUGUUAUUAAUGCUCAACAGUUCAGCUACAAAAUUAUCUUUUCGGUACUAAAUUCUGAUAACAACAUAUUAUAUAAAAUCAGCUGACUCCUAGAACAGAAAUAAGGGAAAUAUAUUGAGGGAACAGAGAAUUACUACUAAUGAGGAGAGAACAUAAAGUAAAGAAAAGAAUGGUGUAAAGCAAAAGAAAGCAACCAACAAACAAAAUAUUAAUCCUCAUGAAAACUACUUAAUUAAGGGGGAAGAGAUGCUGUGGAAGUGUUCCCUAAUGACUGAAACAGAGACAAAUAACAAGCCUAGCAUAUCAUUAAAUAUCUUCUGAUUUAUGGUCCCUUCAUGGAAAAAGCAGAAUGAUGAUAUAAAAGGGAUGCGGUUUGAGAAGGUUCAAAGAGAUGAUGAUGACACUUUAAACAGGAGAAAUUCCCAAUGCCAUAAAUUCGUCUGAAGAUUAGAGACUUAUGCAAGCGAUAAUGUUUACGACUACAAUUUGCCAAGAUACUAAGGAUUGACAAGCAAAAGAGACCGUGUAAUUUACA